UUCAAAGAAUAAAAAGAAUAAUUUUCUUUUGAAUUAAAAAAGAAGUGAAUAAAAUUUUGAACAAUUGGACAUCAAAAAGUGAAUACAUCAUUGUGGCAUAGUUAUUUGACCAAGUGCUUCGCAAUGAUCUUUCAAUUUCUUAGUGUGGAUACAGUUGGUCUGACUCUGAUAGCACAUGCUUGGAUCUCUUUGAUAUUUCCUCAAGCAUGUCAUCUUCAUGAUAUUAUCAUCACAUAGAUUCCUAACUUUUUUAGAAGCUUCCCUUGAAAAGAUUGAGAGGAUACCGCCAAAAAAAGGCUUUUCCUAGAUUUCUGAUGUUCUCUGCUGCUGACUGCAUGGCACUGUUGGAUGAAUUAAUGAUGCUAUAUAUCUUUUGGCUGAUGCUGGAAUCACUCAUGCAGGCAGCCAUAUGUGAAACCAUGGUGCUUCCAAACUGUGAGUGCAUAUGUGUUCCAUGGAUGUUAGCAGAAAAGGAUGACUGGGUUCCGCGGAGUGUUGCCCCCUUCUUAUGGCUUAAUCAAGAAGCGAGUACCAGUGAUUAUAGUCCUGUGCAUGAGGUUUUCAGCAUCCCAUCCGAAGAGGCGAAGACCAAGACAGAAGCCAGUAGACACCAUAGAGAUCAUCCCGAGAGUAAGCAUCAAAAACAGAAGAAGGUAGAAAACAUUCAACCACUGAUUCCUGAAUCAACAGUUGCAUCUACAUCCACAUCAAUCCCCAGCAUAUCCCCCGGGCAGAACAACAAUUCUUUGCAGGAACUCAAAGUUCCAUUGUUGGGAAGUAAUGAACCGCAAGAAACAUCAAAACAGGAACAAGUUGAAAUCCCAGGGUGCAAUUCGCAGUCUGGAUCUCCUAUACAGCUGGAAAAACCAAACAGUGCAGCUGAUGAUGAUGAGUCAAGGCCGAAGAAAAUGGGAAAGAAGGCCAGGAUGCUUGAUCUGGGAAAGAAAAUGGGGGAGAAAUUUGAAGAGAAGAGGCGUCAUAUUGAAGAAAAGGGCAGGCACAUAGUGGAAAAGAUGAGAGGACCCUCAAAUAGCUAAAGCAACAAGAGUUCGGUGAAUAUCGUUUUACUUCACUUUAUGUACAGUUUUUGCAUUUGUUAUCAGAUGCCUUAGAGGGUUUAACCAUAGAAAUUCAAUUGUGAGCGUUGCUUCCAAACAGGAAUUCAAGCACUUGAAUCUGGAUCCUUCGUCGGAUUCUUGGAUUACUAUAUGCCCCAGGUUUGCAUCAGAAUAUUCUGGGCUUACCUUACUAAUAGGUUUGUAACAGAAAAAAAUGGAAAAAAAAGGAAAAAGAAGUUGGAAACAUUGUUCAAGAAUAUGCAUUUGUGUAGUAUAAAAAUAUUUGUUGAUAUUUAGGGGGAUUGAGUUACAUUUAAUUGUAGUAUUACAGUCUGAAUUUCUACUAUAUAGAAUUCUAUAUUAAUCCAA